AUGUAUCUAUCGCCUGCUAAGCCGAAUCUUGUUUUGUGCCUGGGUGCUUUUUGCCGGAAUGUGAGUUUGGCACUGAUAAGUGGAUUGAGACCCAGAACAGGGGGUGCCAUGGAGAGAACUACCGAGAAGGCCCCUACUGUCGACGUGCCGGGUCAGGCAUCUUGUAUGUCCAGCUCUUCCAGUCUUCCUUCUCACACGGCACACCCCUCAGUUACACAUGGAGAAGAAUCAGCAACUCGUGCACGUCCCACCGAAAAGAAUGAGACCUCAGAGUCUGCAAGCGCGUCACCAAUGAAUCGACAGCCUGGGAGCGAUCCUUUGCUUGAGAAGCCCGUGCCGCCGUGGAAACCAGAACCGGAAGACUGCCUCCUGUUUGUGUGGAGUGCUCGUGUUUGUUCCGCAUCAGACGUUUAUUACGAGCAACUUGAAAAGUAUGAAGAAGCUCUCAGCCGAUGGGAACUGCGACAGCGAGAGCUGGGCCAAACAGGUGAUGGCAAGACCCCUCAAAAAUAG